UUAAAAAGACAGGGCGCUCCUUUCCGUCACACAGACGCGUUUAUUCCAGCCUCCAGUGAGGAAACUUACCUCAGCUUUUCCUUGAAAAAAGAAAAAAACAUUCCCACUGAACUCUAAAACGUAAGACCAGAUAUCUGGAUAAAGCUGCGUCAGAAAAGAAAAGGACCGCAGUUUUUUAGGACUUCAGGACCCAAAGCACCUUUACCAAAUGGAGUCAACGCCGGAGUACACCGACACUUAUGAUUACUAUGAAGAUAACGAGACUGCGUGCGACUACUCGGAGUGGGAGCCGUCCUACUCUCUCAUUCCCGUGCUGUACAUGUUCAUUUUUAUCCUCGGUCUCUCCGGUAACGGUGUGGUCAUGUUCACGGUGUGGCGCGCGAAAUCCAAACGGCGCGCGGCAGACAUUUACAUCGGCAAUCUCGCGCUGGCGGACCUGACGUUCGUCAUCACGCUGCCGCUGUGGGCAGUGUACACUGCGCUGGGCUACCACUGGCCCUUUGGUGUGGCUCUCUGCAAGAUCAGCAGCUAUGUGGUGCUAGUCAACAUGUACGCAAGUGUCUUCUGUCUCACCUGCCUGAGUUUUGACCGCUAUCUUGCCAUCGUCCACUCUCUGUCCAGUGGCCGGCUCCGAUCCCGUGGCACUAUGCUGGCAUCGCUGGGUGCCAUCUGGUUCCUUUCAUGCCUGCUGGCUGUGCCCACUCUUCUGUUUCGCACUACUGUAGACGAUGUCGGGAGCAACCGUACCACCUGCGCGAUGGACUUCAGCCUGGUCACUCUCAAUCAGCAUCAUGAAUCGCUUUGGAUUGCCGGGCUCAGCCUCUCCUCUUCAGCUCUGGGUUUUCUGCUGCCUUUCUUGGCCAUGACUGUCUGCUACUGCUUCAUCGGCUGCACGGUCACUCGCCAUUUCAGCCACCUGCGCAAGGAAGACCAGAAGAAGCGGCGUCUCCUCAAGAUCAUCACCACGCUGGUGGUGGUCUUCGCAUUUUGCUGGACGCCUUUCCACGUUCUGAAGAGCAUGGAUGCCCUGUCUUACCUGGACCUGGCGCCCACCUCAUGUGGCUUCCUACACUUUUUGCUUCUGGCCCACCCAUAUGCCACUUGUCUGGCAUACGUCAACAGCUGCCUCAACCCGUUCCUCUACGCGUUCUUUGACCUGCGCUUCCGCUCACAGUGCCUGUGUCUGCUCAAUCUCAAGAAGUCCAUGCAUGGGCACAUGAGCUCCAUGUCUUCAACCCUCAGUGCCCAGACUCAAAAGUCUGAGGUGCAGUCACUGGCCACCAAAGUGUGAGAGGAAGUGAAAUGUGAAGAACAGAGAACAUGAAGUUAGAAGAGGGGUUAUAUGCUGGCGGCUGGUCCGUUUGGACUCGUGUAACCCCCUCAGUGUUUAAGGUGACUUUGACUAGAUGUUCGAGAAGAAGAUUGAACUGAUGGACUUGAGAGAACUUAUUGCUUUAUGUUUGUAAAUAAUACUUAUAGUUUUGUGUAUCUACUGUAUUCAUGGAUGAGUUGCUGAUGAGAAUUCUGGAACGAUGUGCAUGUGUGUGUGUGUACAUGUUUUCAUGUUCUGUAGACACCUUCCUGUCUACUUUUACACACUCAAAAACACGCACACACAGAGAACCAUCCGAGCAAACAGGAGGUUAAUUUUAAGGCCUAUACAACGACCACAACCAUGCUGCACUGAGGAUGAAUUUGCUUGUGCUGUUGUAAGAGUGUGUGAUUGUGUGAAGCAUAUAAACACUUGUGUAGAGAGACAAAGUGUACAAUAUUUUCAUACUAUUUUUUCUGCUAAUUUGGAAUGUUCAGAAAUGUUCAGUAUCUGGAGCACUUGUUAAUGGAAGAUAUAAAAUUAUUAUUUUCGUUAAACUCUCUGAUGUGAAUGUGUGUGUGUGUUUUGUUUUUUUCUAAAACUUUCAAAGUAUGUGGGUGUGUACCAGUGCAAAGGUGAUGCUGCCUGAUUAGAUAAAGCACAGACAGAGAGACAGGGAUGGGGGGCAAGGGGGCAGACAGACAGAUGGCAGCUGACAAAUGUCUCUGGAAAAAAAAGGAAGACAAGUGAAGGAAGGGAAUGAAUGUUUGUGUGU